AUGAAGAUCACCGCCGCCGAGCCGCCACCGUUCUUCAGCGUCAAUGCUGCGCUAGCUGCAGGUUUGUACCUCGUCGACGUUGGACUCAACUCCUCCAUCGAGUACGGGGACUUGCCAGGCCAGGACGCAUCGGAUAACAGCAGCGACGCCAUUGUCACCUUUGUGCAGGUCCUGCUUCAGAUCACAGCUCUCGUCAACCUGCUCGUGAUGCUCGGGGGCACGUUCCUGUUUCGCAGCGGCCUGUUCGGCAUGCUGUACACGCAGUUUCGUGCAGUAUUGCUCUCGCAGCUGCUUUACAUCACGCUAACCAUCGUCCUGGGCGUCGCUCGAGUGCGCUUACUUUCAUCGGGGAUUACCCACGUGGACAUUUGGGACGCGCGAGGAUACACUGCGUGUUCCAGCAUCCACAAGCUAGGUGCACUAGGUUACUAUGCCUGCAGUAUCUACGCCGUGGAGCAGCUCCGACAACAAAAAUUUUACACUCAUGAGUACUGGAUGCGAAGAUGA